ACUUGGGACCCAGUACUAGCCCAAAUUGCAAAAGGAUGGGCGAAAAAGUGUCAGUUUGCACAUAAUCCACAGUUAUCUCAAAAGCUGCACCCCAAUUUCACUGCAUUGGGAGAAAAUAUCUGGUCUGGGAGUAUGUCUCUCUUCUCUGUGUCAAGAGCCAUCGCAGCUUGGUACAAUGAAGUUAGGUUUUAUGAGUUCAGAACCAGGAAGUGCAACCAUGUCUGUGGCCAUUACACUCAGGUUGUUUGGGCAGACAGCUACAAAGUUGGUUGUGCAGUACAAUUUUGCCCUCAAGUGUCUGGCAUUAGUUACAGUAACGUAGCACAUUUUGUAUGCAACUAUGGACCAGCAGGAAAUUACCCAACUUGGCCAUAUGAGAAAGGUCGUAGUUGCAGUGCCUGUCAAAAGAAUGACAAGUGUUUGUACAAUCUCUGUGUUAAUCAGCAGCGAGACCAAGUCACAGGUUACUUCACUAAUGAGUUUCCAGGCCGGCCGGUAUAUUUUCGUAACAAAUAUUUAUCUCUCUUUCUCAUUGUUAGUCCACUGAUUAUAAUAUUGAGUGUUAUAGUUAUCAUUUGGGUCAAGCACAAAAACCCUAAUAUAGUUCCUGUGGGCUAGUGCAUAAGACCUCA